AUGGCCAAAGAAUCGUGUAAGUCGACUGUCCGCUUUGAUUCGAGUCACAAAUGGACUAAAAACCUGCUGCUGACACUUUGUGCCAGCCUUUUGCUAUGGUCCUGCUUUGGCCCGUCCCUGAAGGAACCCCGAGAAAUACAAAAAUUCCGGACUCUCUCACCACCAGCGUUCCACGGUGUUACAGCUCACAACGUAACGAUUGUGGAUUUUCACAGCCAUGCUCGAAUGAGUCCCACAUCUACCCCUGGCUCUUCCUAUUAUCAGCAGCGCAUACGCCUUAAGCCGAUGAUCUCGCACACAGUUGCUCGAGAGGAGUUCAACAACUGGUUGCAACAACAGACAGAGCUCAGCUUUGAAAGAGUCCUGGCGAACAUUGGUGACGUUAAUCUGAACAAAUUGCACGAAGACGACGGUGUUGUGGAAGGGGUCGUCAUUGCAUCCCCUUCCAGGAGUUCGCCUGAUUAUUUUUACCAAUGGAUCAGAGAUGGGGCGAUCACGGUUAACACAGUUGUGAAUCGGGUCUGGGAUUCGUCACAGACUAGCCGGCCAAUUGUUAAUUUAACGCUCGUGGGGACGGUCUUGAAAUAUUUGAACAACGCUUAUGUUUUGCAGCGCACGGACAACCCUUCAGGAUCUCUGGCACCAGACUACAAGGGCUUGGGCGAGCCCAAAUGGAUGGUAGAUGACUCCCCCUUUGUCGGUAAUUGGGGCCGACCUCAAAACGAUGGCCCGCCACUCAGAAUCAUCACCACUUUCAAUUUUUUGCAGGUGCUCAAAAACCUCGAUCUCACUUUGGAGGAAGCGAUUAGUCAGUACGAGGCCUCGAGUGGGACUGAUCUUUGUUUAAGCUUUGGUAAUGAAAAAGAUCUGUAUGAAAAAAUCCUGAAGCUGGAUCUCGAAUUUAUCGCUGCGAAUUGGCAAGCAGACACCUUCGAUCUAUGGGAAGAAGUCAAAGCUCAGCACUUUUUCACAAGUUUGGUACAGUUGAAGGCCAUCAAAAUGGGCUGGAGCUAUCUGGUCAACGUCCAUCCAGAGUUCGACGACAAGCCCAACUCUCUAGCGGCUAACUUACAGGAUAAGUUUCAAGACAUUUUGAAGUUUUUGACGGACGAGGGCGGGUUCCUCGAUGAAAACAAGAACUACAUCGUGGAAACACCAAAAAUUUUGGGCACUAGGUCAGGCUUAGAUAUAGCAGUCUUAAUUGGAUCUAUGAUAACUCAUGACAAUCAUGGAGCAUCACUCCUACAAGACGACGUUCCCUUCAAUGUAUAUGACAGUGGAAUCUUGAAUUCUUUACAUGGUCUGACGAAGCAAAUGGAGAUCUUAUAUCCAGUUAAUCAUCAUCGGGCUAAUCUAAAUCUCGGCGUGGCCCUGGGGAGAUAUCCGGAGGAUAUUUAUGAUGGAGUUGGCACCUCUGAAGGCAACCCCUGGUUUUUAGCCACGUCAGCAGCCGCAGAAGUACUUUAUAAAGUGAUCUGGCACUAUUACGCCUCGCAGAAGGAUCUCGUCAUUCCCAUGGAUGGCUGGAAAUCAGAAUUUUGGACUCGCAUAAUUGAUAACAUCGAUAACAACGUAAAAGAAAACGAAGAAUGGCAGUUGGUGCUUCCAUAUGGCUCGCCUGCCUACAAUCAGACUAUGAUUUCUCUAUUUACAUUGGGAGACUCUUUCUUGGAUAAAGUGAGAGAGCACGUUAGUAACGACGGGGAGAUGUCGGAACAAUUUAACAAAUACAGUGGGUAUUUGCAAGGAGCUAGGCAUUUGACAUGGUCCUAUGGAUCAUUUUGGAAUUCUUGCCGGUGGAGGACCCAGGUUCUCAUUAAACUGGGCAAGAACGGAGAAUAG